CUUUAAUUUUGGCCCUUCAAAAUUGACCCUAUGCAUAACGGGCAUAAGUUCUUUAAUUGUGCUAGCAUAACUUGUGAAUUUUGAAGGACAAAAAUUGAAGACCAGCACAAUGAGGGACAAAGUGCAAAUGAAGCAUGUAAAUUUCUGGAUUUUUGAUUGGGCUUUUGAUGGAUAUAUUUGAACUGGACUGGUUAAUAAUAUAAUUGGAUUGAUGUUUCAUUUCAUGUGGGCUUACAGAAUAGUUCUCUGCCAUUCAACAAGUAUGCAUUUCUUACGACCCACAAUUCUUUUGCCAUUGAGAGAGAGCCAUCACACACUGGGACCCGCAGAUUUACCCUCACCAAUCAAGAGGAUACAGUUACUCAACAACUCAGUAAUGGUGUUCGGGGUUUAAUGCUUGAUAUGUAUGAUUUCGACGGAGAUGUGUGGUUGUGCCACUCUUUCGGAGGCCAAUGCAUUGAUUAUACAGCGUUUGAACCAGCAAUAGACACAUUGAAGGAAAUUGAAGCCUUUUUAUCAGCAAAUCCAUCAGAAAUAGUGACUUUGAUUUUGGAAGAUUACGUGGAGACCCCACAUGGUUUGACUAAAGUGUUCACAAAUGCAGGACUAAUGAAAUAUUGGUUUCCUGUGUCAAAAAUGCCCAAAGGUGGUCAAGAUUGGCCCCUUGUGAGUAACAUGGUUGCUAAUGACCAAAGACUAGUUGUUUUUACUUCCAUCAAAUCCAAAGAACAGAGCGAAGGGAUUGCUUACCAAUGGAAUUACAUGAUCGAAAAUCAAUAUGGGGAUGGAGGAAUGGAAAAGGGAAGUUGUUACAAUAGAGUCGAGUCAUCACCAAUGGAUGACACAAGUAAAUCUUUGAUAUUGGUAAAUUACUUUAGGUCAGUGCCAUUGAAGCCAUUGGCUUGUGUUCAAAACUCAGGGGACCUUCUUGACAAGCUUAUGACUUGUCAUGAUGCUGCUGCUAAUCGCUGGGCUAAUUUCAUCGCAGUUGAUUAUUACAAGAGAAGUGAAGGAGGAGGUGCAUUUUUAGCUACAGAUACCCUCAAUGGGCAGCUAUUAUGCCAGUGUGGUGAUGUACAUUCUUGUGCGGUGAGUAACACGCGGGAUCUACCCCAGGUACCUUCACUGGAUCAUGACCAGAAACAAAUGAUAAUCUUUAAACAAUAGAUGCAUUUUCUUUUUAAUCUUAGUUUUCCUUGUUUGGAAAAUCUCUAGAAACAAACUGUUGGGCUUGGUUGCUAUUCGAUGUUCAUGGAAUUAUUGUGUAUGAACAAAAAGUAGUUUUUUUUUUUUUUUUUGAAUUAAUAUGUUUUUGUAUUUUUGAAGAGAAUCAGAAAGAAGGUUUCUUUUGUCUGUCAUUCUAGUAUUCUACUCUAUUAAAAAAAAAAAUUCCCAG